GUCCCCCCGUCCGCUUCUUCUUAUCUAGCUGCAAGAGCCGCCGACUGAAUCAACCGCUGCUAGAUCAAUGCAUAGCUUUUAAAACAUUUAUAAUGGCGAUGGGAAAAUUAACGAUAUUUCUACUUCAGUUGUCGUGGACUGUCCAUCUUGUAACAGGCAUUCAGAGGAAAGAUAUAUUUCCUUAUGGGACACUGAGCGGCGAUUUCACUCUACAGGAGGGGGACGACGAGACGUCCAAAGUACUCGCAUUGAAGAGACCUCUCUAUUUCUAUGAGGCGCAGUUCAAUGAGCUAUACGUGGCAACCAAUGGUAUCAUCUCAGCCCAGGACCUGCCUAUGGAGAAGCAGUACGUGGACGACGGCUUCCCCACCGACUUCCCUGUCAUCGCCCCCUUCCUGGCAGACAUCGACACCAGCAAGGGGAAGGGCGCCAUCUACUACCGGGUCACAGAGUCGCCCACCCUUCUCAACCGGGUGGCGCAGGAGGUGCACCGGGGCUUCCCCGACGGCCGCUUCACACCCACGCACGCCGUCAUCGCCACCUGGGAGAACGUGGCCGCCUACGAGGAGGUUACGCGCGCCACUGGGCCAUCCGAUAGGUUGAACACAUUCCAGGCGGUGGUUGCCUACGAUGAGAACGACUCCUAUGCCCUCUUCCUCUACCCCGAGGAUGGAUUGCAUUUCUUUGGGACGCGCCCUAAAGAGUCCUACAAUGUGGAGAUUGAGCUGCCGGCUAGAGUUGGCUUUAGCAGGGGAGAAGUGUCCUUUAUAUUUUCUCGGAUGGAGGGACCCUACUACAGCGUCACCAGCAAUGAGCAGAGCCUAAAGAACCUCUACCAGGUUGGCAAUACUGGCGUAUCUGGUGUGUGGCUCUUCCACAUCGGCAACCGCUACUCCUUCGAGAAUGUUGUGCCCGCCGCUGUGGGUGGCGCCCUCGCCACGCCACCUCCUAGAGGCCAGGAGGGCGAUGACAGCACCACUGCAGAGUACCCAGAGGUAGAGUACCAUGAAACCUUUGAAGAAGAAGAACCCGAUGAGGACUACCCACCCAUCGUCGACCCCGACUUCCAGUCCCCAACUAUCCCAGAGUUCCUCCAGCCCUCACACCCGGACCAUGGCGCCCUCCCGGAUCAAGCCCGCCUGCAGUCCUACGGAGGUGACCUUCCUUUAACCUCUGACCCCCAGUAUCGUGAACAUGACAACCAUGGCAAGCCACCUCCAGCAUCCAGUCCGUCCGGUCCAGGGGAGUACCCGGCCGAGUACCCAGCCCGGGAGCCCGAGUCCAGGAACCAGCCACACCAGCCCCCUCUGGAGGACGUGCAACAGCAACAGCAGCUCCAGCCCCAGGCCCAAGCUCCCCAGGUGGUCCCUCGGCCAGAGCACACGGUCCUGGAGGUGUUCCCCAACAACAGGAGGGAGAGCAGCCCUCGUAUGGAGAGCAGUCCCCCGCUGGCCCCCGGUGGCGGACAUUUUGUUAGCGUAGUAGAGGAGGAGGACGUGGACUUUGACACAGGAGUGAUCCAGUACAGCACAGAGACCAAGGAGACGUGUGCCCGCUUCCAACAACAGUGUUCUCAGAACGCCUACUGCACCGACUACUCUUCCGGCUUCUGCUGCCUCUGCCGCUCUGGUUUCUAUGGCAACGGUCGUCACUGUCUACCUGACGGUGCUCCCCAUCGCGUCAACGGCAAGGUGAGCGGGACAGUGAUAGUAGGUUCCACCCCCGUGGACCUCAACAGCGUGGACCUGCAUGCCUACAUCGUAGUGGGUGACGGGCGGGCAUACACAGCCAUCAGCGAGGUGCCCGAGCCCGUAGGAUGGGCACUAAUGCCCGUGGCGCCCAUCGGAGAGCUCUUCGGCUGGCUCUUUGCCCUGGAGCUGCCCAACAGCCAGGCUGGCUUCAAGAUCACAGGUGCAGAGUUCACACGCCACGCCGAGGUUACCUUUUACCCCGGCAACCAGCGGCUGAGCAUUGUCCAGACGGCCCAAGGAUUGGACAGCGAGAACCACCUCAGUGUUGACACACGUCUCUACGGUGACGUGCCCUUCAUUGCCCCCGGCGCCACCGUGCAGGUGGAGCCCUACAAGGAGACCUAUCAGUACUACCCUUCAGUGGUGAGGUCCACGUCGGUGCGGCAGUUCACAGUGGUGUCGGCGGAGCGCGGCUCGGAAACAUUCACCUUCCAGCUGCAUCAGAACAUCACGUACCGCGACUGCCGCUACGGGCCUCGAGUGGGGCCUGAGACGCUGCAGCUGACCACAGAGCGUGUCUUCGUCAUGUACGUCAAGGAGGAGAACAUCUUGAGAUAUGCCAUCACCAACAAGAUAAGCCCAGUCGGAGUGGAACCUUCAGAACCUGCCCAGGUGAACCCGUGCUACUCAGGAACCCAUGACUGUGACACCACCGCCCAAUGUCUGCCCAGAGAGGGCCAGCAGUACCAAUGCCAGUGUGCCACUGGGUACAGGGGCGACGGGCACAACUGUUACGAUGUGGAUGAGUGUGUUGAGGGCCUUACCCUGUGCGGUGCCCACGCCCAGUGUUUCAACCUGCCAGGGAGCCAUCGCUGCCAAUGCCAGAGCGGCUACGAGUUUGGCUUUGACGGUCGAACCUGUAUAGAUGUGGAUGAGUGUGUUGAGGGCCUUACCCUGUGCGGUGCCCACGCCCAGUGUUUCAACCUGCCAGGGAGCCAUCGCUGCCAAUGCCAGAGCGGCUACGAGUUUGGCUUUGACGGUCGAACCUGUAUAGAUGUGGAUGAGUGUGUUGAGGGCCUUACCCUGUGCGGUGCCCACGCCCAGUGUUUCAACCUGCCAGGGAGCCAUCGCUGCCAAUGCCAGAGCGGCUACGAGUUUGGCUUUGACGGGCGAACCUGUAUAGACUUGGACGAGUGCCGCUCUCAGCCCUGCCAUCCCCAGGCCACCUGCUCCAAUACUCUGGGCUCCUUCCAGUGCCAGUGUCAACACAAUUUCCAAGGAGACGGCUUCCAGUGUGUCCCUAGCAAUGGGCAUCCGGAGCGCCCUAAGACACAGUGUGAGCAGCACAGAGACAGCCUGCUGGGUGGGUUGUCUCCCCGGGGGCCCCGGCCUGUUCCUGGGGGCCCUGCUCCGGGGGCCUUUGUCCCCCAGUGUGAUGAGCAGGGUCAGUACAGAGCCCUACAGUGCCACAGCUCCACAGGACACUGCUGGUGUGUGGACAAUAGGGGGCAGGAGAGAGCAGGGACCAGGACUUUGCCCAGAACUUCCCCCACCAACUGCGACGGACCAGAUCGCCCUGAGAGGCCUAAGACUCAUUGUGAACACCACAGAGACAGUGUCCAGACGACCAGUCCUGAGGGGUACCCUAUCCUGGAGGUCUUUGUGCCUCAGUGCGAUGAGCAGGGUCAAUACAGAGCCCUGCAGUGCCACGGUUCUACAGGACACUGCUGGUGUGUGGACAACAGGGGGCAGGAGAGGGCAGGGACCAGGAAACCACCCGGUACUGGCCAGCCUAACUGUGACGAAACAGAUCGUCCUGAGAGGCCCAAGACUCAAUGUGAGCAGUAUAAAGACCGUGUCCAGACAACCAGUCCUGAGGGGUACCCUAUCGUGGGGGUGUUUGUGCCUGAGUGCGAUGAGCAGGGUCAAUACAGAGCCCUGCAGUGCCACGGUUCUACAGGACACUGCUGGUGUGUGGACAGCAGGGGGCAGGAGAGAGCAGGGACCAGGAAACCACCCGGUACUGGCCAGCCUAAUUGUGACGAAACAGAUCGUCCUGAGAGGCCCAAGACUCAAUGUGAGCAGUAUAAAGACCGUGUCCAGACAACCAGUCCUGAGGGGUACCCUAUCGUGGGGGUGUUUGUGCCUGAGUGCGAUGAGCAGGGUCAAUACAGAGCCCUGCAGUGCCACAGUUCUACAGGACACUGCUGGUGUGUGGACAGCAGGGGGCAGGAGAGAGCAGGGACCAGGAAACCACCCGGUACUAGCCAGCCUAAUUGUGACGAAACAGAUCGUCCUGAGAGGCCCAAGACUCAAUGUGAACAGUAUAAAGACCGUGUCCAGACAACCAGUCCUGAGGGGUACCCUAUCCUGGGGGUGUUUGUGCCUGAGUGCGAUGAGCAGGGUCAAUACAGAGCCCUGCAGUGCCACGGUUCUACAGGACACUGCUGGUGUGUGGACAGCAGGGGGCAGGAGAGAGCAGGGACCAGGAAACCACCCGGUACUAGCCAGCCUAAUUGUGACGAAACAGAUCGUCCUGAGAGGCCCAAGACUCAAUGUGAGCAGUAUAAAGACCGUGUCCAGACAACCAGUCCUGAGGGGUACCCUAUCGUGGGGGUGUUUGUGCCUGAGUGCGAUGAGCAGGGUCAAUACAGAGCCCUGCAGUGCCACGGUUCUACAGGACACUGCUGGUGUGUGGACAGCAGGGGGCAGGAGAGAGCAGGGACCAGGAAAGGACCCGGCACUGGCCAGCCUAACUGUAAUGAACCAGAUCACCCUGAGAGGCCCAAGACUCAAUGUGAACACCAGAGAGACAGUCUGCAGACAACCAUUCCUGAGGGGAACGUUGGUGGGGCCUUUGUCCCACAGUGUGAUGAACAGGGCCAGUACAGAGCCCUGCAGUGCCACGGUUCUACAGGACACUGCUGGUGUGUGGACAGCAGGGGGCAGGAGAGGGCAGGGACCAGGAAACCACCCGGUACUUCGCAACCUAACUGUGACGAACCAGCGGUAGUGCCCCCUACCCAGCGGCCGGAGACGGUGUGCGAGCGUUGGCGGGCCAGCCUGGUGGAUCACUACGGGGGCAAGCCCGAGCCUCACCACUACCUGCCCCAGUGCGACCCCCAGGGUCAGUUCAACCCCAUCCAGUGCUACGGCGACAGCAGCUACUGCUGGUGUGUGGACCGGGACGGCCGCGAGGUGGCCGGGACGCGCUCGCACGACGUGGUCAAGCCUGCCUGUAUCCCCACUGUAGCCCCUCCCACCAUGCACCCUCUGCCUCGCCCUGAUGUGACCCCGCCCCCCUCAGGCACCUCCCUCCUGUACGCCCAGGGACAGCAGAUUGGGGCACUGCCUCUCAAUGGCACACUCAUGGACUCGGAACGCUCCUCUACACUACUGGCUCUGCAUGGCUCCAUUGUGGUGGGCAUCGACUAUGACUGCAGGGAGAAGAAGGUGUACUGGACCGACCUGGCAGGCAGGACCAUCAACAGAGCCAAACUGGAGCCUGGGGCCGAUCCUGAGACUCUCAUCAACACAGGUCUGACCAGUCCAGAGGGCUUGGCGGUGGACGUGGUGCGCAGGGCCAUGUUCUGGGUGGAUAGCACGCCGGACAAGAUCGAACGUGCUAACCUGGACGGCAGCGGGAGACAGACUCUCUUCGACACCGACAUGGUCAACCCCCGUGCUAUCAUAGUGGACUCUUCCACUGGGACCCUGUACUGGACCGACUGGAACAGGGAGGCACCGAAAAUCGAGAGUUCCUCAGUGGAUGGCCACAGCAGGAAGGUGCUGGUGAAGGACGGGAUUGGCCUGCCCAACGCCUUGACCUUUGACACAUCCACGAGACAGGUGUGCUGGGCGGACGCAGGAACCAAGCGUUUGGAGUGCAUUGCGUCUGAUGGGACGGGUAGAAGGGUGAUCCACAGCAACCUGAACUACCCAUUCAGUAUGGUGUUCUAUGCCAACCACUUCUACUUCACAGACUGGAGGAGGGACGGAGUCAUUGCUCUGAGUCGGGACAGCAGCCAGUUCACAGACGAGUACCUACCUGACCAGAGGUCUCACCUGUACGGUGUCACCGUAGCAACCACCCACUGUCUAUAAGGGAGACAAUGAGAGAGAAUCGUUUUUAUGGUGCUAUUUUGGCAGUCUUGACAUGCUUGCCCCUGUGAGAACCCUUCCAUUGUACACUGCUACAGAGGCGACGAAAGAAGGACUCUCGCGACGGAGCAAGGAUUUCACCAACCACCAGCAGAGCAAAUUUACAAAACGCCAAACUGCGACCCCCCCCCCCCCCCCCGCAAAUAAAGUUUUGUACAUUUGUUUAAUACCUCAUUUCAUACUUUCUACUGUAUUUUUGUAUGGGACUUUUUAUAGAAAGCCAAAGAAAAGAGUUUUAAAAUAAAUAAGAUCUUUGAGCCACAAGUCCUGUUAUAACUGUCAAUGUGUAUUGAAUGAACACACAGCAAUGCAGUAUGAGUAUUCUGUGCACUAAUAAUAAUUUUGUAUUUCACCACAUGGAAUUGCAUUGUCUUGCCAAAUAUCUGUUUUACCAGUGCUUUUUUUAAUCCUUUAUUUUUUGUAAGAUGUGAUAUUUAUAACAAUAAAAUGUGAUUCAGGACUUAAAACAGA